UGAAGUCCUGGAUUCAUUCAUUGAUGUCUGAACCACUUUUGGGGGUUGCGUUUCUUUGUGAAGAAAUCCCAUUUCUCUUCUCUUCUCAUUUGGUUUCCUCUUUUCUCAAGAAAAAAAAAAUGUCUUCUCCAAGCAAACGCCGAGAGAUGGACUUGAUGAAACUGAUGAUGAGUGAUUAUAAGGUGGAGAUGAUCAACGAUGGCAUGCAAGAAUUUUAUGUUGAAUUCAAUGGACCAAAAGAUAGUCCUUAUCAUGGUGGUGUGUGGAAGAUAAGGGUGGAACUUCCAGAUGCUUACCCUUAUAAAUCUCCAUCAAUUGGCUUUAUUAACAAGAUCUACCACCCAAAUGUUGAUGAAAUGUCUGGUUCAGUUUGUUUGGAUGUCAUUAAUCAAACUUGGAGCCCCAUGUUUGAUUUGGUGAAUGUGUUUGCAGUGUUCCUUCCUCAACUUCUUUUGUAUCCCAAUCCAUCGGAUCCAUUGAAUGGAGAAGCUGCUGCACUUAUGAUGCGUGAUCGUACAUCUUAUGAACAAAGAGUGAAAGAGUAUUGUGAGAAGUAUGCCAAGCUAGAAGACAUUGGAGCAGCCCCUGAAGAGAAGUCCAGUGAUGAAGAACUAAGUGAUGACGAAUAUGCUGCCUCGGAUGACGAGGAAAUAGCUGGAAAAGCUGACCCUUAAGCUGAUAUGUGCCUUUAGAAAAAAUUCCCUUGUGUUGUACAUAAUUUAAAACCUGACAAACAACUUGUUGGGGGGUGGGUAUAUGGAAAAUUCCUGCCCCCCCACCCCCCUGUGUCUUUUUAUUUUCAAUGGAUGAUGAUGUGUAAAUAAAAAAUCCCACUUGCUGUUUCAACAUUUGAAAAAUAUUCAUCCACAGUUUGCAA